AAAAAUUGGUCUCCUAGAGGAUGUGCUGUAUUACAUUAUCCUCACUGCCCACCAAGCAAAAAGACUAGACCAAAAGAAGAAUGUCUUGCUCCACUCUUCUGGACCAAAGUCUUCAGUUGGGUUUUGCCAAGAAAUGGACUUCUGUAUCUUUGAGACCAAGAACAAGCACUUGUUGCACUUGUCAGGAAAGAAGCACCUUGGAGCCAAAAAAGAAAGGAGAUAGAGAAAGCAGAGGAGAGAAAAACAGGUCAGUCAUCGAGGAUAAAUCCCUUAUUUCCAGAUCUCGUAUAAGUCAGCAAGACAGCCUUCCUCCAUUGGUUGGUGCUUUGAAAGCUUCAGCUGAAAAAAAUGCAGCCAGCUUUCACUUCCCUGGGCAUAAUAGAGGGCGUGCUGCACCGUCUUCAUUAACACAGCUUAUUGGGUUGAGACCAUUUAUUCAUGAUUUACCUGAGCUUCCAGAGCUUGACAACCUCUUUUCACCAGAGGGGGCCAUUUUAGAGGCACAAAUGCAAGCUGCCAAACUAUUUGGAUCUUCAGAAACAUGGUUUCUUGUUGGAGGUACCACUUGUGGAAUCCAAGCUGCAAUAAUGGCAACUUGUUCACCUGGAGAACAUAUUGUUCUCCCUCGCAAUUCACAUAUAUCAGCCAUAUCUGCUAUGGUAUUAUCUGGAGCAAUACCGAAGUACAUAAUGCCUGGGUAUGAUUGUAAAUGGGAUAUUGCUGGUGGUGUCACUCCCUCACAGGUGGGGAAAGCUAUCAAAGAGUUGGAGAUGGAUGGUAAAAAACCAGCUGCAGUUUUUAUCACAUCACCUACUUAUCAUGGUAUAUGCAGCAACUUGAGUGAGAUUUCCCAACUUUGUCAUGCUUAUGGAAUUCCUGUGAUUGUCGACGAGGCUCAUGGAGCACACCUAGGAUUCCAUCCCCAGAUGCCUCAUUCAGCUCUUAAGCAGGGUGCUGAUUUGGUGGUACAAUCCACUCACAAAGUUCUGUGUUCCCUUACACAGUCAUCAAUGUUGCACAUGUCUGGGAAUAUUGUAGACAGAGAUAGAAUCUGUCGGUGCCUUCAAACCCUUCAAAGCACAAGCCCCAGUUAUCUGCUUUUAGCAUCAUUAGAUGCUGCUAGAGCUCAACUUGCUGAAAACCCAGGAACAGUUUUCAACAAAGCUUUGGAGUUGGCAAUUGAAGCAAGCACUCUCAUUAAAAAGAUUCCUGGUAUUAGCAUGCUUGACUUGGCGAGCUUCAAUGAAUUUCCUGCCAUUGAUCCCUUGCGCCUCACUCUUGGUUUUUGGUCACUUGGUUUAUCUGGCUAUGAAGCAGAUGAUAUUUUAGAUAGGGACCAUGGAGUCAUCUCUGAGCUUGUUGGGACCCAAUCUAUUACAUUUGCAAUAAACCUUGGAACUUGCAGGGAACAUAAUCAAAGGUUAGUAUCAGGUUUAAAGAAACUACCAACAUCUUCCUUACAUUCCAAAACCACGGAAAAGAGGGUGGAGAGAAGAGAGCAUGCACCCUUCAAUGAUAUUUGUAUCAGUUUGAAUCCAAGAGAUGCCUUUUUUGCAAAUAAAAGGAGUGUGAGUGUCAGAGAGAGCCUUGGCAAGGUCUGUGGUGAGCUUAUAUGUCCAUACCCACCAGGGAUCCCUGUAAUGAUUCCUGGUGAGAUUAUUACAGAAAGGGCUUUGAAUUAUCUGCUGGAUGUUAGAAGGAAAGGUGCUGUUGUUACUGGAGCUUCCGAUUCUCAUCUCUCUUCCAUAGUUAUCUGUGAUGUGUGACAAAGGACAGUGCUAAGUCAACAGCUUUGUUGAUUUCUUGUUUCCCCUGCUGGAGGCAAUUGACAAGAGAAGAAAUUACUUUCCUGUGGUGUCAGAGACUGGAACUUCAAAUUCAAGUCAUAGGGUUCUGAUAAGACUAGCUGUUGGUGCUUCGCUAAGACGGUUAAAGACUGUUUGUUGCUGUGUAAGAGCUGUCUACGUGAACAUGAAACCUGUUGCGCUUGUGCCACAAGUUCAUCCGUAAGUGGGAGACAUCAAAGCUUGUCAUCUGUGAACAUUGAUGAAAUCUUUACUAUGCUAGGCUCUUUUCUCUAUCAGAUUUCUGCUCCAAUUGCUUGAAGGUGUGUUUUGCAGACCCUAGACUAAUGAACCAUUCAAAAUAACAGCUUCAACCAUUUUCAACUUCCAUAUCUUCCCUUUAACAUGCAUGUGAUGGCUAAUGACAAAGGGGUAGAAUUCAACUUUAGAUGGCAAUGGCUUCUAAAUGCAGGUGUAGGAACAUGGAGCAUGUCAGUAUUAUAUGAUGUGCCCCCACCGCCCUGCCAGAAGAAUGCUGCUGCCGGUAUUGAUAUGGAAGAAUCACUUUUUUGGAGCCCAAAUUUAAAGCAAAAUGCAGCGAGCAGAGAGGAGGUAUAGCGAACGAGAGAAGUGGAGGUGCCAGCAACCUGCCAGAUAGAUAUGAUCAAUGUUAUGAAUAUUGUGGUUCUUGUAUAAUUUUAAUCAUACUCUUUAAUUGAGUUCUAAUCAUAAUUACGUAUGAUCAUCCCUACA